CCACUUUUCUCCCACCUAAAUGUAUUGUAUCUGUAGGAGAGAAAGAGAGAUAGAGAGAGAGUGAAGGGGUAUAAAUGUGAGGUUUCCUUGUUGGUGGGCUUAUAUAAAGGAGGAUAGGAUGUUGCAGUUCCCCACUCUUAAAGAUAGUUAGGUAAGAGGGUGCAAGGAAGAGAAUAAAGAGAAGAGAUCAAAUAUAUAAUUGCUUUGCUUUGUGAGGAUUUGAUGGAAGAACAUCUCACUCCAUUGGCUGUUACUCAUCUCCUUCAACACACUCUCAGAAGUUUGUGCAUCCAUGAAAAUUCUCAAUGGGUCUAUGCAGUCUUCUGGAGGAUCUUGCCUAGAAACUACCCUCCUCCCAAGUGGGAAGGACAAGGGGCUUAUGAUAGAUCAAGAGGAAACAGAAGGAAUUGGAUAUUGGUGUGGGAAGAUGGUUUCUGCAAUUUUGCUGCCUCGGCCGCACCUGAAAUUAACUCUGGCGAUUGUCCAACCUCCUCGGUUUAUGGGAACUGUGAGUUUCAGCCCUACCAAGGGCUGCAACCGGAGCUCUUCUUCAAGAUGUCACAUGAGAUCUACAACUAUGGAGAAGGCAGGUUGAUAGGAAAAGUGGCUGCAGAUCACAGCCACAAGUGGAUAUACAAAGAACCUAAUGAUCAAGAAAUCAACUUCUUGUCAGCAUGGCACAAUUCAGCAGAUUCGCACCCUAGGACAUGGGAAGCUCAGUUCCUGUCUGGUAUAAAGACCAUAGCUCUCAUUGCUGUAAGAGAAGGUGUUGUUCAAUUAGGAGCUGUUCACAAGGUGAUUGAAGACUUGAGCUAUGUGGUUCUUCUGAGAAAAAAGUUCAGCUACAUUGAGAGCAUUCCUGGUGUGCUGUUGCCACAUCCAUCAUCAUCAGCAUACCCCUACAAAGUAGAAGGAGGGUAUGGAGUCCCAGAACAAUGGCAUUUCCAAGGUAACCAGCAUCUUGCACCACAAGCUGAGUUAUAUGACCAUCACUUCAACUUGCCACUCAAGAUAACUCCUUCAAUGAGUAGCCUUGAGGCACUUCUCUCUAAGCUCCCCUCAGUGGUACCACCAUCUCAACCUUCACAACCACAGUCCCAUCACCACCAAGUUUUGCCAUCACCCCAAAGGCCAUUGGAGUUCAUGGGAAUGCAAAAAGUGGCAAAGGAAGAGUUAGAUGAAGAGGUAUACAGACCAGAACUUGACAUAGGUGAGAGUAGCAGCUCCAUGCCAGGGUACCACCACCAACAUCAUUUCCAUCAGCAACAAGAUCAGAAUAAUGUAACUAGGAGUGGAGCCAACAACGGAUUUUGAGAAUCAGAUUGGAAUCAGUGGCAUUAAUGAAAAAUUAGUACUAACAUAUUGUAGUGAGUUGUUAGCUUCAGUAUUAUCAUUAUGAUGAUAAUAAUAAUAUUAAUAACAAUAAUAAUAAUAAUAAUAAUAAUAAUAACUACUGUGUUUCAGCUUUG